UUGGAUCAACAGCAUGGAAAUCCUUCAUGAGUCAAGCGUGUACAAGGAUUCCAGGCAGCCUACAAGACCUAAAGACUCUGGUUGUGAGGCAUCCUCUUGGUCGUCUGGUUUCAGCUUACAAAGACAAGUACCUAAAUGGGUCUCCACUUAAUACCUACGACAAGGACUACAGGAAAGUAACGGGAAGUCAUCAGACGUGGAAUGAUAGAUGGCAGGAAUACUGGCUUCCAGCUCUCAUACACAAAGGAUCCGUCGCACCUUCCCCUCAGUACCUCACAACACUAAAAAAGGUUUCGCAGGCAUAUGGCUUUCUGACAGGGAAGCGUUUUGGGACGUUUAGCCGCCAUCGUCUUAAUGAAACCAAGAAAGCAUCGUCUAACCCCGAGAGAAAGUUUAUAACGUUAGCCAAGAAGAUGCUGACAGUAGGCAAACACGUUGGUGUCGUUGCUGCUGUCAACAUUGGGUACUCCGCGACGGAACAAAGUAAACUAAAGAAGUAUUUCAGUAACGCCUCCUUCACUAUGGCAGAGUUCCUUGAGCACGUAUUAUGGACCAGGGACGUGGACCUGUUGGACCAUCACUGGACCCCCAUUAGCCAACUGUGUGGUCCAUGUACAGCUGACUACAAGUACAUCGUGCGGCAUGAGAACCCCAAGGAAGCGGAGUACCUUCUGGGCCUCCUGCACCUUCAGGAAAACACCAUUCCGAGGAAACACAAAUCCAUCGGAGCAUUACAUGACCUUCAGUACUUUGAAGACGUCCCCAAAGACUUAAUGGCCAUAAUUAUUGAUAUGUAUAAACAAGACUUUGAUUUGUUCAGUUAUGAUAAGGUGAAAAAAAGAACAAUUUUAACAUCUGUAUUGUUAACUUCUCUGACCCACUCACUGCAGUACACAGAUAAAAACAACAGGUUAAUAAGAUGAGAAUUAAAACGCCAUCUACAUACAGUACAUAGCGCCGGCACAGUGGUCACCAACCCUCCACAGUUCCUGAUAAUAGAGACUGUGUUGGCCACUAAGGAGAACCCUUUCUCAGUAAACAACGGGACUUCCUUGAACCUUUUCUGUUAAGUAAAUUUCCUUUCGUCUUCAUAGACCAUUUUCUGUGAUCUUGUCAUGUAUGAAUUUCGUGUUUUAUCAUAUUUCUGAUAUUGACAUUAAAAAAAUUAUUUAGCUAGAAAAAUACAGACGCUGUGCAAAGCGGACAAUGACAACGUAGACAUGACUGAGCCACCAUGUUUACUAGUAUCAUACAGUGUAGUCUUCACUUUAGGUGUAUUUAAUCUUAUGUUUGGUUAGGUUAGGUACUGAGUUCGUGUUUAUUGUGUUAUGCCAUAACUUAGCAACUUUCUUUGAUGGAAGCAACUUCCGGGGACGAGAUAUUUGCCGGUGUCCAAACGACUUUCUCAAACACAGAAAAAUCCCUUGUCCUCGGAUUUCUUUUUUUCGGUUACCGGGAAAAGUUUCCCAGAGACUAAACAACACAGACAGACACUAGCCCACAUCCCAGAAUGUUUCUGGGUGCUGGGGAAAGAUUUCCGGGAGUCUAAACUACCGGAGUCCGUAUAAGCAGUUCUUCUUAAGUUAGAAAUUCCAUUUCUUUACUAGAAUAAUCCCGAAUUGUUUAUCUAAAAGCUUAGUUAAAUAAAUAUAAUUAAAAAACUACAAAUCUUUGAUACGGUGUUACAACGACGACGGGUAUUUCCCAGUCACACUGAGCUGUGGGGGUCUCCUGUUACUGAACAGACAUGAUGCAAUGUCAGGUGGAGGUAGGGUGGACGAUGAGUGGUCUCAAAAUACUGACCUUCUGAUGCAAUGUCAGGU